GGUGCGCCUCCAUCCUCCUCCUCCUCCUCCUCCUGCUGAUAGGUCCCUCCGUGGCGCAGGCGCCCUGGAGGCGGAGGUGUGGCUGCAGGUGUUCCUGAAAAAUGGAUGAUGACUACUUUGGAGGAUUUGAGGCUGCAGACAUUUUUUUUAAAGAUGGAAACGGUGAACCCCAGACAACAUCUCCCGCUAUUCCUUGGGCGGCAUUUUCCACAGUGCCUGAAAUUCUUGUACCAGCAACGGUUCCUGCCGAGCUACUUUCGAAACAAACUCCGGCUAAUGUACCGGCAGACCCUCAACUAUCACCCAAUACUUUAAGCGAAGCUGAUCUUCAAGAGCAGGUUCCCUCAUCCAUCGAUCCUCCGUUGACCGAACGUCUAGAAAGAGCACCUGCCAAUUACGACGAAACUGAUGCGAAACCAAGACCGAGUGAUUCUGAAAAGCAUUUUCAACAAACCCUUUCAGCUCUGGAAAGUAAACUCCGAGCAGCAGAUGAAGAAAAAGCUAGAAUAAAAAAGGAGUUAGAAGAUCUUUUGGAAAAACACAGGACUUUGGAAACCAAUUACCUGAAAGAAAAAGACGAUAAAUUAAUUUCACAUAAGGAUAUGUACGACAAGCUCCAGGAGAAGCAUAAACUUGAGUUGGAAGAUUUAAGAAAAGCUGGACAUGAGGCCUUGUCUAUAAUUGUGGAAGAAUUCAAGGCCCUGCUGAAGGUGCUCGUGGAGGAAAGGGAAAAGGCCUUGGAGAAACAGCAUGUCUCUGCAGUUGAGAAGCAGGCGCAGAAGUGUGAAGAGUUACUCAACGCUCAGCAUCAAAGGCUGCUAGAUAUGUUGGAAGAAGAGCGGAAAAUCUUAGAAGAAAAAACCAAAGAAUCCUUGUGGCAACAAUCGCAGGAAUACAAGGAAAUGUUGGAAAAAUGCAUGGAGAACGAAAGGGGACGUAAUAAGGAGGCUUUGGCAACAGCUGCAAAGGUGGAAAAAGAGGAUUUGCAAGCUGCCGUCCUAGCAGCAGUAACAGCCGAAAGGGAAACCAUGAAAAAACUGCACGACCAAGAAAAAGAAAUAUGGCAAGCGGAGAGAAACAAAGACCGCGAGAAGAUUGCUCAAGCGGUAGAAGAAGCAGCGGAACGGCAAAAGCAGAGUUCAGACGAAAUGGUGAAAGCAGCAAUCCUAGAAGAACGAAGGAAAAGCGAGAGAGCUGUAGAAGAAGCUGUGAAGCAAACGAGGGAAGAACUGAUAGAAUACAUCAAGGAGCAGAAAAGGCUGGAUCAAGUGAUCCGUCAGCGUAGCCUUUCCAGUUUGGAAUUGUUCCUCUCUUGCGCUCAGAAGCAGCUGAACUGUUUGCUGCAGGAAGAAGUCACAGAACCGGAGACAGAAGGAAAGGAUUCCAUACCGUUGAUCGCUUCUCUCAAAGACGCUGGAGACUAGACAGAGAACUAGGAUCAAUCAGCCGGUCUCGUAUUGUUUUGGUUAGAUGUUCUGAAUCAUACUGCCGUCCUUGUAAAGCUAACAGUUGUUUUCUGUCCCAGCUCCCCAAACAUGACAAAACCUCUGAAGUAAAUUCAAAGAUUCCUUUAUUAGGAGCGCCAGCAACCCUGGCAAAAAGUUUCUCUCUUACCGCAGGCUAACAAGUCUGUUCGGCAAGGAGAUGAAUAGUUGUCUGCGCCCUCUGCCUUUUAUCCCCAGAGUUAGAGCGGGACUUCUGUAGCAGCGGUUAUUCUUCCUUCCCAAGGAUCAGCCCAUAGAUUUCCACUGCUCUCCUCUCCUCUGCCUUCUGCGCAUCCGCGCAUCAGGCACUGGACCCAGCUGUUCCUCCUCUUCCUCAUCAGUCACCUCCAGACCUGGCGGCUGUUUCCUCUCCAUCUGAGGGCUGACGGACAGCCCAGGCUCUGCCUCUGUCUCUCUCUCUCUCUGACAGCUCCAUUCCCUCUUCCCCCUCGGAGCUCUCGGAUUGCCUUGAUGCUAUCCUGACUCCCACGCCUCGUCCUCAUCUGAUUCGGCUGUUGGAGGGGCUGGCGGCCGACAGGCCACACAACAGGUUGUGUGAAGCUAAUGAGUGCCAAUGGCUCCCACAUAGUUUUAAAAAAGAAAUGCAAUCAUUGGCAAAUCUCAGUAAAGUUACAUAUUCCCAGGAACAAUUGUCCUUUACAAACCUAAGCUUACAAAUUUAAGCAUGGAGGCAGCAUUGCUUUUGCUAUUUAUGUCAUACUUAACCGGCAUUUACCAAAUGGAAUAAAAUAUUUUUUUUAAUGUCAGAAAUAAAACGAACUCUCAUCCAAAUUGAAAACACUAAUUAGAGACGUUCGAAUAACGACUGGAAUUGAAAUGCCUUAUUAUUUAUUUACAUCUGUUCCAAAAUGGCCUGUUGCAUUCUCUACGUUUGUGUCUUUUCAUGAAAAAAACAAACAUGCCUUUUCAGUUUCGUGGUUUUGCCUUAAGAUGCCCUACUAGCUGGGAAGCCAAAUCUGUUCUGUUAUUACUUCUAUUGUACUUCUAUAAGUUAGGAUCAUAUCACCUUAAUUCAUGCAAGGAAAUAACAAUACUUGAAAGCAGCAACAGAUUGGGAAAUUGUUUAGUAGCUGUAAAGCAAAAUUACCCAACCGUGGGAACUGGAAGACAUGUGGACUUCAACUCCCAGAAUUCAUUCACUCCCAGAACCCAUGCUGUCUGGGGAAUUCUGGGACUUGAAGUCCACGCAUCUGAAUGUUUCCAAGGUGGAGAACCCUGGCUCUAAAAUACAUUACGAUCUGUAAGGACAGUGGUGUCCCUUAAACCAGGGGUCUCCAACCAUGGCAACUUUAAGACUUGUGGACUUCAACUCCCAGAAUUCUUGGCAACUUUAAGACUUGUGGACUCCCAGAAUUCUGGGAGUUGAAGUCCACAAGUUUUAAAAGUUGCCAAGGUUGGAGACCCCUGCCUUAGACUAUAAAAUAAGUCCCAUGAUACCUUUUCGGAUUUCUGAUGACACUGUGAUUUGUUGGGGUUUCGGAGAAGAUGUUGAAAGUUUUCAGUUUUCUUAUGUUUCGAAGGGUUUGGAGGAAUGUAAUAAUUGGGGUGGCUUUUGGUACUCUGGUGUACAUUCUUCAUUUGGGCUGUUCCACACAAUAAAGCACACUACUAAGAAUUGGCCACCUUGUGGGCAAAUUCCAGUGGCAGCAUCUCAGAAGGCAUUGGAGCCGUAGGAGGACAGGAUGGUCUCUAUGUGUCAUGUCCACCCCGGCUUUCAAUGAUGCAGUCAAGUUAUAGAAAUGGAAGAGCCUCUGAUAUUUCCAUGGCUUUUUUUUGCAGUUGUAUAAAAACAGAGGAGCUACUACUAAAGUAAUUAUUCACUUUGGGGGUAUAAAUUUUAAUAUUUUGUUUCUUGCGUUUUGCAAUAUAUUAUAUAUAUGUUAAUGAUUUACAGGAUGAAAUAAUUGAGCAACUUAAUGCUUUUUAUGCUUGUUACUGUGAAAAUUAUUCUUUACCAAAUAAUCCCGUGUUCAGUAUAUUUUUUUCU